UCUGAAGAAGAUUUUCUUGAAAGGAGGAAAGAGGUGGAAAGGCUCCUGAAGAAGAAUGCAGACUGGAUAUGGGACUGGUCCAGCAGGCCGGAGAACAUCCCACCCAAGGAAUUCCUUUUUAAACACCCCAGGCGCACAGCUACUCUCAGCAUGAGAAAUACCAGCGUCAUGAAGAAAGGGGGGAUAUUCUCAGCAGAGUUUUUGAAGGUUUUUCUUCCGUCUCUGCUGCUUUCUCACUUGCUUGCCAUCGGACUAGGGUAAGUUUCAGUCCAAAAAAAAAAAAACCCAACCCAGAAAGGGGUCCUGAACCGACCGGGUGUGCGCAGCCGGAAGCUGCGUUCCACG